AUGAAUCCCAUCCGCCGCCUCCCUCUCCGACGGCUUCUCGUCACCGCAAAACCAACAUCCACGUUCGCAAAAUCCACGCCUACCUUCACACGGAGCUUCUCAGCAUGCAGACCCCUCGCGUUAUCAGCAACACAGCCAAAAGCAGAAGACUCCUCAAAAGGCUCAAUAAACAUCGGAAACUCAAAACGAUUACCAGAAUUCAGUUUAAAAGAUAAAGUCGUUCUGGUCAGCGGAGCAGCACGUGGAUUAGGACUGGUCCAAGCAGAAGCAUUGCUCGAAGCGGGUGCAACAGUCCACGCACUCGACCGUCUCCCCACGCCCUCCCCAGACUUCACCCGCAUCCAGACGCGCGCCACCUCCGACCUAGGCACCUCCCUCACCUACCACCAAAUCGAUGUGCGGGACGUCCCGGCGCUCAACACCAUCAUCGAGGGCAUCGCCACCAAGCACGGACGCCUAGACGGUCUCAUCGCCGCGGCGGGCAUCCAGCAGGAGACGCCUGCGCUGGAGUACAGCGCCGAGGACUGCAACACGAUGAUGAGCGUCAAUGUCACGGGGUGUUUUAUGACUGCGCAAGCGGUGGCGAAGCAGAUGGUUAGGUUGGGGAGCAGGGGGAGUAUUGUGAUGAUAGCGAGUAUGAGCGGGACGGUUGCGAAUCGGGGCCUCAUCUGUCCCGCGUACAACGCCUCGAAAGCCGCGGUCCUGCAACUCGGCCGCAACCUCGCUAGCGAAUGGGGCGAGCAUGGGAUCCGCGUGAAUACUAUCUCGCCUGGCUAUAUCGUGACGAAGAUGGUGGAAGAUCUGUUUGUGCAGUACCCCGAAAGGAAAGAAGAGUGGCCGAAGCAGAAUAUGUUGGGCAGAUUGAGUUUGCCGGAGGAGUAUCGGGGUGCGGCGGUGUUUUUGGUGAGUGAUGCGAGUAGUUUUAUGACGGGGAGUGAUUUGAGGAUUGAUGGGGGCCAUUGUGCUUGGUAG